AUGGACGGCGAAUUAUAUCCAGAGGUACGACGGAAUCGAGGGUUUCUGGGCUUUGAUAGUUCUGCCUUGCCAGCUAGGGAUCUCCAGGAUCGUCGUCAGCUGCGAUAUGAGCUUGAUCUCAAUAGCUGGAACCUCAGAAUCUGGGGUGUUGCAGCUUCUGGUUUCCUCACGGACUCCUACAACCUCUUCUCAACUAAUGUAAUUCUAGCUUCUAUAUCAUUUGUUUACUUUCCUCACGAUAGAUACCCGGGCUUGAUUAUCAAUCUCUUCACUCUUCUGGGGUCCGUCUGUGGCCAACUUCUGUUUGGGUAUCUUGCCGAUCGAUAUGGCCGAACCAAACUAUAUGGAAUCGAACUCGUGCUCGUCAUCGUAUCCACGAUUGGCGUGGCCACGAGCAGCUUUGGAUACAACAAUUUGUCGUUUCUGGCACUCUUCGUCUGGUGGAGAUUUGUCAUGGGAAUAGGUAUCGGAGCUGAGUACCCUUUAUCCGCCGUCAUCACUUCAGAGUGGGCCAGUACGCAAUCAAGGGCCACCAUGCUCGGCUCUGUGUUCUUGAUGCAGCCCGUCGGCCAAGCACUUGCACAGCUUGUUGGCCUCUGGGUCCUGCUAGGCCGCGACAAGGAGUACGGCCUGCAGGCGAUGGAAUGCGGCAUCAACUCAAAGCAUGACGAAGAAUGCAAAAAGGUUGUUGAUGGUAUAUGGCGCAUCGUCAUUGGAUCUGGCGCUGUUCCCGCGCUUUUGGCCAUAAUAUUCCGCUUCUUUCUCUACGAUUGCGGCCUAUACCAGCUCGAGGUGAAACACAAGCCAGGAAUUGCCUUGCGGGAUACUCGCAGGAUAUAUGUCACAUCAGAGACGUCUGGUGGCGUGGUUCUGGGCUCCCCGGGGGCAAACCGUGUAAGAUCGCCAGAGGCGAAGCCUGUACAAUUUUCGAGAGACGACCUGUACAAUUACUUCAUCCGUGACAAGAACUGGUACUACUUGCUUGGCACAGCCAUGUCGUGGUUCAUAUUGGAUGUCGGGUUCUAUGGCUUCUCCCUCGAUAAUCGGGGAACCCUCGCUGACAUAUGGGCAACUUCCCAGCACAAGCCUCUGGAUUCUAAACUUUCCUGUUGGAACUCUACGCUCCCGGACGGCAAUUCUACAGUCCCAAGCUGGAAGACAUUCCCAAACUGGGCGACAGACCAGACAAUGCCUUGUAACAAUAUUUACGAUGUACUCUUGGAACAAGCAAAACAGUAUCUUCUUACAGUUUCCAUCAGCUCCAUUGCCGGCAGCAUAUGUUUUAUUUAUUUCGCGAAUCGCCUUCCGCGGCGACAGUGGCUGACGGUUUCCUUCAUCACGCUGGCGGUACUAUUUGUCAUCACUGGCUGUGUUUUUUAUGGUGUGGCAUACACACAUGGAGCACCGGCGACUGUUACCCUCGUGGCUCUGAGUCAUUUUGCCUUCAAUUUUGGCGCCAACACCCUCACUUUUGUGAUUCCGGCAGAAAUCUUUCCCACCUGCUAUAGGUGUACUUGUCAUGGGAUAUCAGCGGCGGCAGGGAAGCUGGGAUCGAUUCUUGCUCUCGCCGUAGUAUAUGGCAUUAACAACAAGUACAAGAGCACCAAUCGGCAGGGUCUAAUCUUUAUUCUCUUUGGCUCAGUUCUAGCCCUUGGCGCCGUGUAUUCCUGGGCUUAUCUGCCCAAUGUUCAGCGGCCUGUACUCAUUGACGGAGAGAAGCAAGUUCUCGCGACCAAGGAUCUAGAGGAGCUGGGAGAAGGAAGAGGCAAGGCAAGUUUAGAAGGCGAGACAAUCACUGUAAAAGAAAAGGUCCACGAGUUGCGAAGAAGGCAUCGAGAGAAACGGACACAACCACAAUCGCAGAUAUCGCAAGUGGGCAACGGUGUUUGA